AGUUGCUUUACUACGUUCGACAUCAGCUCUACUAUGACAGAAACCGUCGUUCUGGCCGCUCCGGCACCAGUGGCUGCAUCGCCAGCUGCGAAAAAGUCUCCGGCCAAGAAGAAGGCCGCUGCUGCUGCUAAGACUAAGAAGCAGCCCGCCGCUGCGUCUCAUCCGACCACUUCCGUGAUGGUCACGUCUGCCAUCAAGGAACUCAAGGAGAAGAAAGGUUCUUCUUUGCCGGCUAUCAAAAAGUACUUGGCUGCCAACUACAAAGUCGAUCCCGCCAAGUUGGCGCCGUUCAUCAGGAAGUUUUUGAAAGCCGCCGUCGCCAACGGCACUGUUGUUCAGACCAAGGGCACCGGCGCUUCUGGACAUUUCAAACUGCCGGUUGCCGAGGUAAAACCGAAGAAGGUAGCUGCGGCCAAAAAGAAGCCGGUCGUUAAAAAAGUCAAAGCCCCCGGUGCCGUAAAGAGGAAGUCGACUUCUGCUAAGAAGGUGAAGCCCGCUUCCGGCGAACCGGCAGCUAAAAAAGUCAAAAAGGCCGUCGCCGCUAAACCUAAGGCUGCCAAACCGAAGAAAUCUCCGGCCAAGCCGAAAAAACCUGCGGGCGCUGUAAAGCCAAAAGCGAAGAAGACUCCAACGAAAAAAACAGCAGCUCCCAAGAAGAAGUAAACUUUGAACGAUCACUUCUCACGCGUCGCGCACCCUUAAAACGGUCCUUCUCAGGACCACAAA